AUGGCUUUCAGGCACUCACUGGCGCUGACUUCAGCGUCAGCGUCGACUUUGUCGUCGGCUGCAGCUGCUGCCCGGUCUCGCACCGCUGCCGCUCUGCCCCGUUUCACCACCAUCCGUGCCUCGUCCAGCUCGACUUCCGCCCUGGCCUACAAGGCAUUGCACCGCCGGUCCCCUCUUACCUUGCCGGUCAAUGAGACUUCUUCCCAAUGGGACGCCCCGACUGCUGUCUCGUCCAUUCUUUACGAGACUCCUGUCCCGCCUUCCAACCCUCCUAAGCGCCACGUCCUGAACUGCUUGGUCCAGAACGAGCCCGGUGUCCUGUCCCGUGUGUCCGGUAUCCUCGCUGCUCGUGGCUUCAACAUUGACAGUCUUGUCGUCUGCAACACUGAGGUCGAGGAUCUGUCCCGCAUGACCAUUGUCCUGCAGGGCCAGAACGGUGUCGUCGAGCAGGCUCGCCGCCAGCUGGAUGACCUUGUCCCUGUCUGGGCUGUGCUGGACUACACCGACUCGGCUCUGGUUCAGCGCGAGCUGCUCCUCGCCAAGGUCUCGGUACUUGGUCCCGAGUUCUUCGAGGAGCUGCUGCAGCACCACCGUGAGAUCACCACCCCCGGUGAUCAGGAGAAGGGUCACGGCAACCAGACUGCUGUGGAGUACCACCCUCGCAACCUGCCGCUCAGCCAGGGUCUGCGCCAUAAGCACGAGCACUUGGAUGCUAUUACCCGUCUGACCCACCAGUUCGGUGGUAAGGUUCUGGAUAUCAGCACCAACAACUGCAUUGUUGAACUCUCUGCUAAGCCCAGCCGUAUCGACUCUUUUCUCAAGCUCAUUGGUCCCUUCGGUAUCCUUGAGUCCACUCGCACUGGUCUCAUGGCUCUGCCCCGCUCUCCCCUGUCGGAGCAGAGCGAGGAGAUCGAGAAGGACGCCGGUGAUAUUGUCGAUGCCAGCACCCUUCCCCCUGGUUAA